AUGGGGUUCAAAGAGAAAAUGAUUGCCAGAGUGCUGGAACAGAUGAAAGCCAUAUCGCAGGUAUUGACAGGUGACCGACAUGCACGCUCCCUCAUCCCAACCUGGCAGGAUGCUGAAGUGUUGGAGUCCAUUCAUAAGGCACUGCAUCCUCUCUCCGAAUUUACUGAUGCUCUUUCUGGAGAAGAGUAUGUGAGCAUCUCCUACCUCAAGCCAGUUCUCCAUCUUCUGGCAACAUCAGUCUUGGCUGAAGAUGCUGAGGACACUGAUCUGACUAGAUCAAUUAAAACCAAGGUCCUGGCAUACCUCAACGACAAGUAUAGUGACCUCAACACCCAGGAGCUUUUGGAUGUUGCGUCGUUCAUGGACCCUAGGUUCAAAACGCAAUACAUCAGCGCAGACAACCUUCCUGCCAUUAAGGCCCGACUGAAGACAGAAAUGGUGGAAUCGGCUAGACGUACACAUAAUCAGGAGAAGAGGUCUCGCACUGAAACUGCUCAAAUUCUCCAAGUGCACAGGCCUCUGGGGGAAAG